AUGGUAGUCGGACAAAAUAAUAAAAAUCAACAAGAAGAGUCUGUCUAUAAUUUAAUACCAAGAAAUGAAAUUCGUCCACCAAAAGCAUCUUGCUAUGUAUCAAAAUUUAAUCCAGAUGUUCGUGAAAAAUUCAAUGAAGGCAAACAUGAACAUCGCACAAUGGGUUACGCAGAAGAACCAGUUCCAGGUCCACAGCAAUUUCUGAAAAAAAAUCAAAAUAACACAAAACAUAAUGUUAUUAAUAAUAAUAAAGACACAUCAUUAAAUAAAGAUCGUACACAACGUAAACCACCUGUUCCAAGUAUUCGUGAUGCUCCUAAAAUGGGUACACGAACAGAGAAAAAUUUCAUUCAAACAAAUUCACUCGAUGUUGUUAUGACUGUACCAAAAAAACCCGAACGAAAUACUGUUGAUGAUCGUUUUGGUGAUAAAUUUCCAGUAGAUCAAAGUGGUUUAACUCAAAAAUAUGUACUGAAAAAAAAUUUUGGUGAAGUACCUGUCUAUAUCAAAACACGUCAAGCAGAUAUGGAAAAAGCUAAACAAGAAUAUCAAACUUACGUUUCAGAUUAUUUUCGUCGUGGAGCAAUGCGUGAAAUGGAUAUCGAGGAACGAAAAACAAUUGUUGACGGUUUGAAAAAACAAUGGGAAGAUGUUCAUCAUGAAUAUCAAACACUUUCCGUUCUUAUUGAUACAAUUCCAAAACGUCAAUAUAAAGAACGUCUUGAACAUCAAAUGAAACUACUUGAAAAAGAUAUUGAUUUAUUAGAAAAACAUCACGUCAUUUAUAUUGCUGAUUGA